GGCUUUUAUGGUUAGACCUAAACUGUCAGUGUUCGAAUUAUUCGUAGAAUUUAUGAAUUUUUGAAACCGUUCGUUAAUACUCAGAUCACAAUGCAUUCGAUUGUCAUCGUCGCCUUGGCAUUGCUUGCCAUCACUAACGCAAGCAUAAUCCGUUCAGAAGUGGACACCCGGGAUCCAUGCCUUGACUUCACAUGCAGUGAGGGCUGGGAGUGUAAAUCCAUACGCAACCCGUCCUGCCUGUUUGCCCAAUCCCGUCCGUGCAAUCCACUGCUACCCCGUUGCAUUCGCAAACCCGCCGUUCUGCCCGCCCAGCGCGCCAGUCGAUGUCCACCACCAUCCGGAGUCGGUUUAUGCGCCUUCAUGUGCCAGUCCGACAACGACUGCUCAUCGGGACAGAAGUGCUGUCGUAAUGGUUGCGGUGGCACAAACUGCAUGACACCCGUCUGAAUCACAAUCUUGUGCUUGUUUUGCUAAUUCGAAUUAAAGCAAGCUUGCAUGUAUGUAUAAUGUAAUACCAUACCGCACAGAAAAUGAUUUAAAAAGUAGUAUCUAUAAGCUGUGGCUCGGUUAUAUAAUGCAUUACUUUUGCAGUUGUCAUGAACGUACAGUAUAGUUUCCGACCAUUUCAAAAUAAA